AACUUUGGGUAUUCCGAACGUUACAUUUAUCUACGUUGGUUUCUAUGCCUCAAAUCUUGGUCCAAUUUAUCCUAUUGUUACAAAAGAUGAUGGAACAUCUGAAUUGAUUGUUCCAUUGGUCACCGAAGACACUACUCUUGAGGUUAUUGACGCUCAAACCGACACUGGCCCUAUUGUAGCCAAAGUUAUUGAAGAAGGACCAGAAAAAUGGAAUGGAAAGAAAGUUCCUGUUGCUGCAGAACGUAUUUCUUUUGGAAAAAUGACCGAAAUAUUGACUAAAGCUACUGGAAGAAAAUUUAAACUUCGCACUCCAAAUCGCGAAGAAACGGAAAAAGAAUUUCCCGCCUUGGCUAAUGAAGAAUUACUCGGAAUGUUUCGUUGGUUUAAUAAAUACGGAGUUUUUGGUAAUGAAAUUAGCGACAUUUCCAUCGCUAAAGAAUUACAUCCAAAUAUUACUACUUUUGAACAAUAUGCUUACAAAAAUUAUAAAAAACAAUAG